UGAAGGCCAUCAUUUCGUCGACAUCCAUUCUUUUUGAAGUUGGCCUCAACAAGUCCUGCGUGCUAUCUUCAGUACCAUGUCCUUUUCGUACUCGCGAUCGCUGUAACCACCAUGAAAGGUUAUCUUUCAUGUGUAUUCACGUAUUCAAUCGGCAUCCUCCCUCGAACAGGUCUAAGAUGGUUAAUUAACCACCAAGUUUGAAUAUCCCAUGAGAAUGUUCGGUGCGAACUCUGGAGUGGCUUCUGAACAAGAAUAAGAAAAUAGAAACAGGGGGGACCCCUUCGGCUAUAUCAUUGGUGUAGGACAGGAAAGGGGUGGCUUGCCGCUUUUGUCGUAGGCGGAAAAGUAGCCGCAGGUGCAGGCGCGGUCAAUCCAUGAUCCAUCACGACACGAUACCUCCAAGUCCGUUCAGCCUCCUGCCCUGUACAAGACCCGACCCAACCCAACACCACACCACACUCCUUUGGCAAUUGAUUUUGUCUUCAGCUUCGAAUUCCUAAUACUUCAAUCCCAAACUUUCAUUCUUGGUCCUUUUUUCUUCACGCUACUUCUCUUGUCACCAUCAUGGCGCCAAUUACCAAGGACAAAUACUCCGUCAUCCUCCCGACGUAUAACGAGCGUCGCAACCUUCCAAUCAUCACCUGGUUGCUCAAUCGUACAUUCACAGAGCAGUAUGCUUUCUCCAUUGCGUCACGAGCAUCCCGAGGUCCAAACUAACAUUGCGCCGCCCAGAAAGCUCGACUGGGAACUCAUCAUCGUAGACGAUGGCUCACCAGAUGGAACCCAAGAAGUGGCCAACCAACUAGCCAAAGCCUACUCUCCCCACGUCCUCCUCAAAGCACGCGCUGGAAAGCUUGGUUUGGGAACCGCAUACGUACACGGUCUCCAGUUUGUGACUGGAAACUACGUUAUCAUCAUGGACGCCGAUUUCUCACAUCACCCCAAAUUCAUCUCGCAGAUGAUUGCGAAGCAGAAGACUCUCUCGACAAAUGGCGGGUAUGAUAUCGUGACUGGUACUAGAUAUUCUGGCGACGGAGGCGUCUACGGAUGGGACUUGAAGCGGAAAUUGGUCUCGAGGGGCGCAAAUCUGUUUGCGGAUACAGUAUUGCGACCGGGGGUCAGUGAUUUGACAGGCAGUUUCCGAUUGUAUAAAAGAGCGGUGUUGCAAAAGGUUAUCGAGAGUACGGAGAGUAAGGGAUAUACUUUCCAAAUGGAGAUGAUGGUACGAGCGAAGGCCAUGGGUUGCAGUGUGGCAGAAGUACCAAUCUCAUUUGUGGAUCGCGUUUAUGGUGAGAGCAAACUUGGUGGAGAUGAAAUCGUGGAAUACGCGAAGGGUGUUUUGACUUUGUUCAUGAAGGUUUGA